UUUUGUUUUUUGAAUCGUGUCGUGGUGGUUUUUGGUGGGUUUACCGAGGGCAAUGGUGAGGAGGCAGAGGGCAGUAGAAGCGGCGUAGGAAAACAACACCGCGUACACAGAUGCACAGCCCAAGUCGGCCGCAAGUGUCAACGUAAUCAAAUUUUUGACAACUCUCGACCGCUAUUUUCGGGGCCCGCAGAACCGCCAGCAGUGUUUCCCGUUUUUCGUGUUUGAAUGUGUCCACGUCCCAGUGCCAGCAGCUUGGUUCGGUUUGUAUCCGCUGGUAGUGUCUCCCAGCCCCGUCCGCUUAACGAGCAAACAAGAUGAAGGUGACCGCAGCGCACGGUAACAACCUGAAGUACCUCAGCCUGGUCACGCUCACGCUGCAAAAUGCCAUCCUCGGGCUGAGCAUGCGGUACGGGCGGACGCGCCCGGGCGACCUGUUCCUCAGCUCGACCGCGGUCGUGAUGGCGGAGUUGGUGAAGCUCGCCACCAGCCUGGUGCUGGUGUACCUCGAGGAGGGCAAGCACUUCGGCCGGCUGCGGGCGGCCCUGCACCAGACGAUCGUGAAGCAGCCGCUCGACACGCUCAAGAUCUGCGUCCCGUCGAUGCUGUACAUCAUCCAGAACAAUCUGCUGUACGUGUCCGCGUCCCAUCUCGAUGCCGCCACGUACCAGGUCACCUAUCAGCUCAAGAUUCUCACGACGGCAGUGUUCGCGGUGCUGAUACUGCGCCGCCGCCUGCUGCCGACCCAGUGGGCCGCCCUCGUCCUGCUCGUCGUCGGCGUCGCGAGCGUCCAGCUGGCGCAGACGGGCGAGGACAGUGGGACGGCCGCGACCCGCCAGCAGUCGAUGCCGGCGGGCGACGGCCCCGAGCAGAACCGGCUGCUCGGGUUCAGUGCCGCGCUCGGCGCCUGCUUCCUGUCCGGCCUGGCCGGCAUCUACUUCGAGAAGAUGCUCAAGGGCGCGGACAUUUCCAUCUGGAUGCGCAACAUCCAGCUCAGCCUGCUGUCGCUGCCGUUCGGGCUGCUGACCUGCGCGGUGAACGACGGCGCCCAGCUGGCCGCCCGCGGCUUCUUCUUCGGCUACGACGCGUUCGUGGUGUACCUGGUGGUGCUGCAGGCGGUCGGCGGCCUGAUCGUGGCCGUCGUCGUCAAGUACGCGGACAACAUCCUGAAGGGGUUCGCCACCUCGCUCGCGAUCAUCAUCUCAUGCGUCGCGUCGAUCUACCUGUUCGACUUUAGCCUCUCGCUGCAGUUCACCGUCGGUGCCGGGCUGGUGAUUGGGUCGAUCUUCCUGUACGGCUACGAUCCGGCCGCGGCCAAGGGCGCGAAGCCGGGCGUGCGCCCGUCCGCCAAAGUGCUCGCCGAGGCGGAGGAGCGCCUGCUGGCGGAAAAGGUCUGAGCUGGGAGCAAAGGGAAACUCCCGGGAAAGCGUGCUCGAAUCGGUUCGGCAACGAAUAGGACUGGAUAUACUGUUUAGUUUACUGUGUUAAGCAUCUCGCGCGCCUGUCCGUCUAAGCUUUGGGAAUAGUUCUAUUUGGCCCCACGUUUUCUUACCCCUUUUUGCUCUGGCUGCGAGAGUGAAAGGUACACAUAUCGAUUUGAUCGGCCAAGCGCGCGUAGCAGAGGUUUCAGCACACGCCAACAGUGUCCCGGGCUUGGACCCAGGCCCAGAUCGCGCAUGUAGGCAAUAACGAAACACGCAUAUAUUAUUCUAAUAGGACAGUAAGCGAAUCAACUUGACUGGAGGAGUCUGUGUGGGGACGGAUGCGUCACGGUGUUUGUUACUUAGUGCGCGCAGGCGAAACGCGCCGUAGCGUUUAAGGUUUAAGUCCUGUAUAAGGACGAUGCGCACACUUUUAGUGAGUAUUAUAGUCGGUACUAGGUGAGCUGCUGCCUUCUGUACGAUAGCGUAAUGUGUACGAUUUUUUUUAAAGUAAGGAAACCUUCUCACUUUCGUUUCGUUUAGCGAGUUAGCAGGUUCAAGGCUGUAGUCGAGCGAGCUCUUACUUGCUUUAUUUCGUUACAUUUACUUCACCGUAAUGUCUACUACCGUAUUCACAGCGAGAGAGAGAGAGAGAAAUAGAGGGCAAAUUUUAAUUAGCAAAUAGAACAUGAAAAGCUACACAGCUCGAAGCAUCACGUGCGACCGGCCAGGAAGUUGUGGACGAUGAUGUGAUCCUUCGGUGGGGUUCGAAAAAGCGUAACAAGAUUUGAUACAUAAGAAUAAGCGAAGAAUAUAUAAAUAAAGUGCAUGAAAAGUGCAAACAAAAAGAGGAUUUGAUGGAGCGACAAUAUUUGUGCAAACAA